AUGGUUCCCCACGCAUACAUCAUGUCCUUGCUCACCGGGUCGAUCGUCGCCACAAGCACGAGCAUCGUGCCCCCCGUCGCAGAAUCUGCCGCGCCGACGGAGGCACUAGUUCUUUCCCUCCGCCUGCAGCAACUGGGCUCCUGCUUCCGCCGCGGCCUUCUCCACAUCGCACACCUGCUCAUUCUUCUCAUCGCGACCAUUGUACCCCGUCGGUUCCUCCCUCCAAGGCAGAGACCACACCCACCAGUCGCUUUUCCUGGAACGGGCCAUGAGUUCGUGCCAAGAAAGGCGACAGACUCCCGUUCGCCCUGCCCCGCGCUCAACACCCUCGCGAACCACGGAUACCUCCCACACAACGGGCGCGACAUCCACGCCUCCCAGAUUGUCUCCGCUCUCCGAGAAGGGUUCCAUCUCUCUCUCCCGCUCUCCGUCUUCCUCACCUUCGGCUCGUACCUCCUCCUUGGCCAGUUCCGCCGCCUCUCCCUCGGUGACCUCGCACGGCACGGCGCAAUAGAGCACGACGCGUCUCUCGCACGGCGCAACGCGCGCGCGACAUCCGAGUACGCUCCGUGCAAGCUCGAUGAAGAUGCGCUGAAGGCGCUGCUAGAGGACUCGGCGGAUGGGAGUGGGCUCACGGCGCACGACAUCGCGCGUGCGCGCGUUCGCAGGGAAAACAGCCUCCGCGUGCCGCUCGACCACAUGCACGCGGAGAUCGCGCGCGGGGAGAUGGCGCUCGUCCUAGGUAUAUUCGGGCAGCACGCUGGGGCCAGUGCAGUAGAGGCAUCACAAGAAGAUGAAGUCCCGCUCGAGCUACUGUCAGAGUGGUGGAACACGGAGCGGUUCCCAGACAACUGGCGGCCAACACGGAUCCAGGGUCUGCUGCAGACUGUGCGUGCGGCUGCCGACAUCCGGAAGGCCAUGGAAGAGAAGCAGAAGGCCCGGUGA